AGUACCAUGUAGUACAGUCGCUGUGUAAGUAACAGGUCACACAGGCCUCGCCAUCCUCCCAGGACACGUCCCUCGGAUUAUUGUGCUCUAGCGUCCUCCCUCGAACCUAAACAUCAUCUCUUACCCCUCUCUCGCUUCCACCAUUCCUUUCCACCAGUCUCGCUGAACCUUACCCGCUGCUUUAAUCAUAUUCUUAUUGUGCCUCAUACCAUGCCUGUCCAAGACCGGACGAACGAAUUCCGGGCAUGUGUAGAAUCCAUACGCAACCGGUCUUCCUUCCCUCAGCGCGGCGCGGAGGCAAAGCAGCGCUUGUUGACGAAUGGCAAGGGUCCGGAGAGCAAGUCCGAGUUCAGUCGGACGGCGUCGUCCAUUGCCAAGGAUAUCAGCAGCACGACGAUAAAGUUGGGGAAGCUGGCGCAACUGGCCAAGAGGAAGACCCUUUUCGACGAUAGACCAAUAGAGAUUAGCGAGCUUACCUACAUCAUCAAACAAGACAUUGCGAACAUCAACAAGCAAAUAGCCUCGCUGCAGGCAUACGUGAAGCAGCGCAAUGCCCAGAACAACAAGUCGCCGGAGGGGAAGCAGCUGGACGAGCACAACCAUAACGUUGUCAUGCUACUGCAGAGCAAGCUGGCCGAUACCAGUAUGACGUUCAAGGACGUUCUGGAGGUUCGGACGCAAAACAUGAAGGAGUCGAAAGACCGGACGGAACAGUUCAUGCACUCGACGUCAGCGGCAGCGAGUCAAGCGCCUUCAAACUCGCUCCUGUUUGGAAACUCACAGCGUCAGCAAGACCCAAUGGGUGACGGUACAGCUCUAUCUCCACGGUUGGACAUCAAGGGCAAGGGCCGUGCACAGCCUAAUAGCGAUAUCCUCGCCCUUGAUUUGGGCGCAGCGGAAGAAGGGCAGGGUUCGGCGACGGGCGAUGCGUUCAUGCAGAUGCAACUGGUAGAACAGCAGGAUAACUACAUUCAGUCACGGUCUACUGCGAUCGAGUCCAUCGAGUCUACCAUUGCGGAGCUAGGGCAGAUCUUCACGCAACUAGCACAGAUGGUUGCGGAACAACGGGAGACGGUACAGCGGAUCGACGCAGAUACGGUGGACAUUGCAUCGAAUGUCAGCGGCGCGCAACGAGAACUGCUCAAAUACUAUGCCAGCAUAUCGAGCAACCGAUGGCUAAUGCUGAAGGUGUUCGGUGUUUUGAUCGUAUUCUUCCUCAUCUUCAUUCUUGUUUCAUGAUCCUCCGGGUCUCCAGGACGAGCAGGCUCACUUAUAUAUACCUAGACAUGGACCACACUUCCCCUU